AUGAGCGCCGCCAGGUCCUCCUUCUUCGCGUCCCACAACGGGAAGAAGAAGCCCGCCGCAUCCGCCGCCCGGAACCCCUUCGACUCCGACUCGGACGACGACGGCGGCAUGGUCCAGCGGCGGGGCCCGGCGCGGGCCUCCUCCGUCCCGACCCCCGCCGCCCCGCCCGCCAGGGCCUCCCCCGCGCCGGUCCCUUCCGACGAGCGGAACUCCCUCUUCGCCGGGAGCGCCGCUCCGGGCCCCGCGUCCUCCUCCUCCUCCUCCUCCUCGUCGGCGGCGGCGGCCAGGAGGCGGUACGGGAGCGACUUCCGGGACUCGGGGGGCGUGGAGGCGCAGUCGGUGCAGGAGCUGGAGGGCUACGCGGCGUACAAGGCCGAGGAGACCACGCGCCGGGUCGACGGCUGCCUCCGGGUCGCCGAGGAGAUGCGGGACACCGCCUCCAAGACCCUCCUCCAGGUGCACCAGCAGGGCCAGCAGAUCCGGCGCACCCACGCCAUGGCCCUCGACAUCGACCAGGAUCUCUCCAGGGGGGAAAAGCUACUAGGGGAUCUUGGGGGUUUGUUUUCCAAGAAGUGGAAGCCAAAGAAGAAUGGCGCAAUAAGGGGCCCUAUGCUGACCAGAGAUGAUUCCUUCAUACGCAAGGGCAGCCAUAUGGAGCAGAGGCAUAAACUAGGGCUGUCAGACCGUCCGCGUCGAUCCAAUGCACGCCAAUUCCUGUCCGAACCCACAUCAGAGCUUGAGAAAGUCGAGGUGGAGAAGGCAAAGCAGGAUGAUGGCCUAUCUGAUCUUAGCGACAUACUGACCGAGUUGAAAGGAAUGGCCAUUGACAUGGGAACUGAGAUUGAGGGGCAAACAAAGGAUCUGGGUCAUGCAGAGAAGGACUUCGACGAACUUAACUACAGGGUCAAGGGGGCGAACACUCGAACCCGUCGUCUGCUUGGGAGAUAG